AUGGCGGCUUUCCGCGACAUGGAAGAGGUGAGCCAAGGGCUACUGAGCCUUCUGGGCACCAACCGCGCGGAAGUGCAGCAACGACGACUGCUUAGGCGCCACGAACAGAUGGUGGAACGGCUUCUGGAAACGCAAGAUGGCGCCGAACAGCGACUGCGGGAGAUCGUGGCUAUGGAGAAGGAAGUGGCCCAGAACCUUCUUGAUGCAAAGGAGCAGGCGCACCAGGGGGGUGCCAAGCUGCAGCAGCUUGAGGCUGAACUUCAGAAGGCCGGGGAGGAGGACACGCAUCUGAAGGACAGCCUCCUCCAGCUCACCCAGGAACUGGACGAGCUCAAGGAGAUCGAGGCUGAUCUGGAAAGAAAGGAGAGGGAAGUUGAAGAAGACACCACAGUCACCAUCCCAUCAGCAGUGUAUGUCGCUCAACUUUAUCACCGGAUUAGUAAAAUUGAAUGGGAUUAUGAUUGUGAGCCAAGGAUGAUCAAAGGCAUCCAUCACGGCCCCAGCAUUGCCCAGCCCCUUCACCUGGACAGCACCCAGCUCUCCAAGAAAUUCAUCAGUGACUAUCUCUGGAGUUUGGUGGACACGAAGUGGUAACCAGGAGCCUCUCAGACUGUCCUGCACACAGGGAGUCAGCAUGGGCAUGUGUUUGGAUGUCACUGUGUGCCCAUAAAGGUACUAGGUACUGAAGACAAGGAUGACAGAGAAGUCAAAGGUGAGCUGGUGCCACAGCCUCCAGCUACAGCAAGGUCAAGUGCAGCUGUGGAUGCAUCGAGGUGCUGGAUGCUGUGAAUUGUGAAUUAAGCAACAUACAGAGAUGUUUGCCAAGUGUAUCCUGAUUAAAAGGAUAAGACACCAACCAAAGAAAAUUUCCCUGGGACUUAAGGGGGAAGCAGAUAGUUAGUCCAUGCCCAGAUUUUCCACUGUGCCCCCUCCUAACUCUCAGUGCA